AUGAUUAGACUAAGGGCCUCUGAAGGGGCUUGUACCUCAUCAUCUGUAGGCGACAAACUAAGUGGCCUUCAGGAUUUGCAUGAUCGUGUCAAUAACUUACUUAUUUUACCACUCACCCAACAAGCUAUAGCCCAAGAGAAUAAUGAGAAAUGGGUUGAUGAGCUAUUGGAUGGAUCUCUUCUGGUCCUGGAUUUGUGUAACACUGCAAAAGAUGCCUUGUUGCAAACAAAAGAAUGCGUACACGAACUUCAAUCAAUUUUAAGAGGUUGUGGUGAAAUUGGUCUUACAAGUGAGGUUAAAAAAUAUUUAACCUCUAGGAAGGUAUUGAAAAAGGCAAUUUGCAAGGCCUUGAAGGGUAUGCAAAAUAAAUGCACCUUCUCUACCUAUAAUGGAGAUCAUGAAACUACAACCGUGUUUUGCCGGCUAAAGAAGGUUGAAGCAAUCUCUUUCGAUGUGUUCGAAUCCUUGCUUACCUUCGUCUAUGGACCAAAGACGAGGCCUACUGCAUUGCUAUCUUUGGUAGAUCACAACACAUACAAAUCUGAUAACAUCAAGGGUGUGCAAAGCCAGCUGGAGAAGUUAGAAUCGUGCAUUCAAGAUAUCGAAGAAGGACUUGAGUGCCUUUUCAGGAAUUUGAUCAAAACUAGAGUCUUCCUUCUCAAUAUCCUAAGCCGGUAG